AUGGCGUUAGAAGUGCUUGACGCGCUUGAUUCAGCACGCACGCAAUGGUAUCACGUGACGGCCAUAGUAAUAGCAGGCAUGGGUUUUUUCACCGAUGCCUACGACCUCUUUUGCAUCUCCACAGUUGCAAAACUAUUAGGCCGUUUAUAUUACUUCGAUCCUUCAACAAACAAACCGGGAAAACUCCCAACCCCAGUUAACAAUUUCGUAACCGGUGUGGCCCUAAUAGGAACACUCUGUGGUCAAUUAUUCUUUGGCUAUCUCGGAGACAAACUAGGUCGCAAAAAAGUUUAUGGAAUCACACUCGUUCUCAUGGUCGUUUGUGCCGUAUGUUCUGGCCUGUCUUUUGGUGCAUCGGCAAAGUCCGUUAUGGGAACUUUGUGUUUCUUCAGGUUCUGGCUUGGGUUUGGUAUUGGUGGUGACUACCCUCUCUCUGCCACCAUCAUGUCCGAAUACGCCAAUAAAAGGACACGUGGAGCUUUCAUAGCUGCUGUCUUCGCCAUGCAAGGCGUGGGAAUCAUCUUUGCAGGUUUGGUCUCCAUGGUGUUGUCGAGUGUUUUCAAGUCUUACUUUGACGCUCCCACUUACACGCAGAACGAGGUGUUGUCAACACAACCCGAGGGUGAUUUUCUAUGGCGCUUAGUUCUCAUGAUUGGAGCCGUCCCAGCCAUGUUGACUUUCUAUUGGAGGAUGAAGAUGCCAGAAACGGGUCGUUACACUGCUAUAAUUGAAGGGAACGCAAAGCAAGCAGCUGCAGAUAUGGCUAGGGUUUUGGACAUUGAAAUCCAAGCAGAUCAAGACAAAUUAACAGAGUUCAAAUCAGCAAACAAUUACCCUUUAUGGUCAAACGAGUUCUUUCAACGACAUGGUCGUCACCUUAUUGGAACAAUGAGCGCGUGGUUCUUGUUAGACAUUGCUUUCUAUAGCCAGAACUUAACUCAGAAGGAUAUUUUCCCCGCAAUGGGACUCAUAGACAAGGACGUGGAUAUGAAUGCUCUUGAAGAAGUGUUCCAAACCGCACGUGCCAUGUUCGUGAUUGCUUUGUGCGGAACCUUCCCUGGUUAUUGGUUCACUGUCGCUUUCAUUGAAAAGCUUGGACGCUACAAGAUCCAACUCAUUGGGUUCUUCAUGAUGUCUUUCUUCAUGUUCGUCAUUGGUGUCAAAUAUGAUUACCUCAAGAAUGACAACGCUCACCUCUUCGCUUUCCUCUAUGCGUUGACGUUCUUCUUCGCCAACUUUGGACCGAACAGCACGACAUUCGUGCUGCCAGCGGAGCUGUUCCCGACGAGGGUGAGGUCGACGUGUCAUGCGCUGAGCGCAGCGGCGGGGAAGGCUGGUGCUAUGGUUGCUGCUUUUGGAAUACAAACCUACACCUUGGACGGUACACCGAAAAAGGUGAGAAGGGCGAUGUUGAUUCUGGCCGUGACUAACUUGUUCGGGUUCUGCGUUUCAUUCUUGGUUACCGAAACAAAGGGACGAUCGCUGGAACAAAUUUCUGGUGAGGAUGGAAGAGAGAGUGAACUCGCAGCAACACCAAAUAAUGAUAGGGUUCCGGUCACUCGUCAGGUUUCGCGGACUGAGACAAUGUGA